GUCUGGGAUGGUAAUGCCCCUGAUCCGAAGUUGCUCGUAUGUCUCAAGUCCUGCAGGAACACCGUGCCUGUUCCGAGACACUGGUGCCAGAAACGAAAGUACUUGCAGGGACUGUUGUAACAAUCGAGGAGGCUGGAAAUGGUGUUGUACUACUUGAAUGGUUUCUGUAGUGUAUACAGGAUAGUGUUUUUUUUCUGGUGGGGGUAUAUAGGAUAGUUGAAUCUUGUAUGCAUUCAUUUGAUGCCUCUUCUGCUGUACAGAUUAGAGUCCAACUAGAGUCCAUGGCUUUUGAUAUUCGGUGCAUUAGAAUCAGAAUCAUACUUUUUGAACUGUUAUCUUUUUCUUGAGACUACAAAAUUCUAAACUCAAUAGCAUCAAGGACUGCCAUAUUUACCUAUUUCUCUGUUCAUAUUUUUGGGUUCAUGCAUUAUGUUCCUGUCUCAGGGAAAGAGGGGUUUGCAAAAACAACCGUUCCAGCUUCCUGACUUCAUUGCUGCAACUGGAAUUGAAAAAAUAAGACAGGCAUACUUUCAGAAGGAGAACAAAAAGACAUUCAAACAGAAGCAGCACAACCGUAUGCAGCCCAAGAGGGGGAAUAUGGAUAUGGAUUAUGAGGUUUUGCAUGAUGCAUUCUUCAAAUAUCAAACAAAACCCACAUUGACUGGUUAUGGUGAUCUGUAUUAUGAAGGGAAAGAGUAUGAGCCGAAGCUUAAGGUAAUGAAACCAGGUAUGCUGUCCCAGGAGCUUAAAAAAGCUCUUGGUAUGCCUGAUGGUGCCCCGCCCCCAUGGGUUACCAGGAUGCAGUUCUUUGGUCCUCCACCCUCUUAUCCUCAUCUGAAGAUCCCAGGUUUUAAUGCCUCAAUCUCUCCUGGAGACAGUUUGGGUGAUGGACCUGAUGAGGAAGAACCUCUCGAUCGCAGCAAACACUGGGGAGAUUUGGACGAAGACGAGGAUGAAGAGGAAGAAAAAGAGGAGGAACUAAUUAUUCAUGAGGAAAUAGAAGAAGGUAUUCGGUCUAUUGACACCAUCUCAAGUACUCCGGCUGGUGUGGAAGCACCUGAUGUUAUUGACAUUCAGAAGUUGAGGAAGGAGUCAGAUAACCAGGCAGAAAGGCCAUUAUACCAGGUUCUUGAACAGAAAGAAGUAAGGAUCACCCAUAGGGCGGUGUUCGCAUCGAGCCACGCAUAUGUUUCCCUGGCCAAACCUACCGAGUACGUGCUGGUUGGAGCACAAGGUACACCGUCAUCACCAGGCAGCAAUUUUGGUGAUGGACCUGGGGAGUUAGGAAAGCCUCCAACUGACGAGGGAGGACCUAUUGGUCGCAGCAAAAACUGGGGAGAACUGGACGAAGAAGAAGAGGAAGAGGAGGAAUUGGAAGAUGGGAAAAUAGAGAAGGGCAUUCUAGAAGAGGAAGAGGAGGAAUUGGAAGAUGGGAAAAUAGAAAAAGGCAUUCUAGAAGAGGAAGAAGAGGAUGAGGUACUGGAAGAUGGGGGAAUAGAAAAAAGCAUUCUAGAAGAGGAGGAGGAGGAGGAACUGGAAGAGGGGGGAAUAGAAGAAGGCACUCUGGAAGGGCUGGAGGAGGAGGAACUGGAAGAUGGUGAAAUAGAAGAAGCUACUCGGAAAGCGGAAGAGGCGGAGCUGGAAGAUGGGGAAAUAGUACAAGGUGUUCGGCAAGAAGAGGAGGAGGAACUGGAAGACGGGGAAAUAGUGGAAGGCAUUCGGCAAGAGGAAGAAGAGGAGGAGGAACUGGAAGAUGGGGAAAUUGUAGAAGUCAUUCGGCAGGAGGAAGAGGAGGAGGAGGAACUGGAGGAGGGGGAAAUAGUAGAAGGCAUCCGGCAAGCGGGAGAGGAGGAGGCGGAGGCACUGGAAGAGGGGGAAAUAGUAGAAGGCAUCCGGCAAGAGGAAAAGGAGGAGGAACUGGAAGAUGGGGAAAUAGUAGAAGGCUUUUGGUCUGGUUACACCAUCUCAAGCAGACACUUGGGAUUCACUUGGCCUUUUGGCUGUGGCAGCAGUACUCCAGCUGGUGUGGAAACACCAGAUGUUAUCGACCUCCGGAAGCCAUGGAGGAAGGAGCCUGAGAAGCAGGCAGAAAUGCCAUUAUACCAGGUUCUUGAACAGAAGGAAGAAAGAGUUGCCUUUGCCAGUGCGAUGUACUUGUCGAGCCACAGGUACGUGCUGGUGGGAGCGCAAGAUAAACCGUCGACAUCAACAUCAUCAUCAUCAGGCCUAAAAAGUAAAAGGAAUAAGAAUGAUAGACACAAAGCUCUCCUGGCGAUGGCGGUCGGGAUCUCGCAGAUGCAGAAUGUGGACGUAAUGGCUCGUAAGUUUCUGAAUGAGAGCUACACAGUCAUGCUGUUCCAUUAUGACGGGAACGUGGAUGGGUGGCGUAGCCUCGAGUGGAGCGAUAAGGCCAUACACAUAGUUGCGCCCAACCAAACUAAAUGGUGGUUUGCCAAGCGUUUUCUGCAUCCUAGUGUUGUGGCUAUCUACGAUUUCAUCUUUUUGUGGGAUGAAGACCUUGGUGUGGAGAACUUUGAUCCGAAGAGGUAUAUUGAUAUAAUGGUGUCCGAAGGCUUAGAAAUCACACAACCCGCAUUGGAUCCUGAUCUAUCAACAGAUAUUCACCACCGCAUCACAAUCCGCAACAAGAUGACAAAAGUGCAUAGGAGAGUAUAUGACAAUCGUUCAAGCAUGAACUGUUCUGAUGAUAGUAAAGGACCUCCAUGCACAGGGUGGGUUGAGGGCAUGGCACCAGUUUUUUCUCGUGCUGCCUGGAAAUGCGUAUGGCAUCUAAUACAGAAUGACUUGAUUCAUGGAUGGGGCCUUGACAUGAAGCUUGGUUAUUGUGCUCAGGGUGAUCGAGCUGAGAAGGUCGGUGUAAUUGACAGUGAGUAUGUCGUCCAUCAAGGGAUACCAUCAUUAGGAGGACCAUCAGAUACCAGCAAGUUACCUCGAAGAUCUUUGGAUUUGCGGACACACAUUAGAAGACAGUCGUCGGCGGAGCUGGAAAAGUUCAAAGAACGGUGGGAAAAAGCCGUAAGGGAAGAUGACGAGUGGAUGGAUCCUUUUGACGCCUGAUUACUCUGGAAGAAACAUCUGACAUGAAGAUACAAGGCCCACCAUACAUGGGUGGAUGCGUCCACAUUCAUCAUGGCGGUUGGAGUCGAGAUCAUGUGGGCCUCAUAGCGAAAACAGUUAGUUAUAUAUAGCCUUCUAGGCAUUUUGCUGACUAACACACACCACCCCGCCCUCGAGAGCUGGAAGAACAAGUGGGAACGGCGUCGCGCUAAUACACGGAGAAACCGAGCAAGCACCUGUAUACUACCAGUGGCUGACAGACACAGUAUCUUGUAACCUUAAUUCGAUUCUCCAUUCGCCGAGGUUGUAUAGUGACAAAUGCAUAUAUGUAUGUGCAGUUAUUUUUAGUAAUAAUAAGUAUUUAUACUAGAAAGGAAAAGAAGUUUGUCUCA